AUGUCUGUUGAUUCACUGAAUUUUAUCAUACAAAAUUUGAAUUCUCCACCAUUUAACUGCAACACUUCCUUGAUCGCUUUCGAUCUUUGGUCACCUACUACACUACUGCAAACCCUCAGCGAUGUCAUAAGCUGGAUCACACAAUCUCCAAAUGUCGAUGUGAUGAAAGAAACAGCUGAUGAAACUGCUCUUCGUCUGUUACAUCACUUGAAAAUUCUCAAAUUUGAGCCUCCAUCCGAUGUCGAUGAUCUCGAAGAAUGGAGGUCUGGUCUGGUUGAGGGUGCGAAAAGAUCCGUUUAUCCCGUGCUAUUCUACCUGUUUUCAAAUAUCGACGCUCUAAAACAGAGGGCUUACCUAGCCAAAUAUUUGGUAAAGGUUGAAAUUCCAAGCGAUGUGCACGAUGUGGACACACAGGAAAUGCAAAAUGAGUUGGCACAACUAAUGGAAAGAUUCAAGGUCACUCAUGCGAGUGUGUUAGACGUACAGCAGGAUACUAUGCUAAUCGAGGAUAUCAAGGCGGAUUUGAAAUCGAUGACUCUCGAGAAGGAGGUUUUAUCGAGAAAAAUUGAAAAGACAAUGAAAAAGAUCGAAAACUUGCCAUCAUUGAAAAGGCAAAUGGCAGCAGCCGUAGAUCUACGCAUACAGAAAAAUCGUCUCAAUGAGUUAGAAAUGCAACGAUAUGAACAGCGCGAUGGGAUGAUUAGUACGGAAAAGAAAAUACAACGGCUAAGAGAUCAGUUGGCUGAGUUGCGCUCAAUAUCUGAGAAUCUUGACCCGACUAAUCUCAUCGCCCAAUUAGAGGAUGAUAUAGCAACGAAUACGUAUCUGCUAGAGGUGAAGCUCAGCGCAGAACGUGAACAAAAGCGCCAAGUGCUUAACGAGCUUGCUAGAGUGUCGAAUAUGCCCGCAAUAGAGCAAGCUGACAUUAACAAAUUACAAGCAGAGUUGGAAGCGAAAACAAACGAGAUCAUGGAACUCGAAAAGGAAAGAGAUAAGGAUGAAGAAAGCACGGAUGAAAACUUUAGCAUCUUUCGUCAUCAAGCUCUAGGAGUGGAAAGGAGGAAGGACGCUGUUGCUGAAAAGGUACAAGAAGCUCGGCAUGAAUUAGGGAGUCUACAACAACAAGUGGACCAGAGAAAAGAUGUCCUGCGCAGCACAACGGGUGCAGAAGUAAUGAGUGCACAUCAGUUCAAAACUUACGUUGGUCGAAUAAGAGACAAGAAAGUGGUCUACAAGAAGAAGAAAAUGCAAAUCGAAGAGCUUCUAACAGAACGAGAAGUACUGCUAAGGACAAUGAAUCUCUUGCCGAAGAAUGUCGAACAGCUGGAGCAGAAAAUUGAAAGUUUUGGAGCCGAGCCCAUUACCGUAUCGUCGGCCCUACCAUCUUCUCAUGCUAAGAUAGCACUGCCGGAUACGACUGAUGUUGAAGAGUUGAGAGGUAUUGUGACAGAUCUGGUGCAAGACCUAGAUCAACAAAGGGAUACUGUAACGGAGUUGAAGAGGAGAAGAAAUGACUUGCAAGAGGUUUUCAAUGGUGAGGAGGAGACGUUUGACAGCAAAAAAGCUGAGUAUGAAAGUCGUCGCGCACAUCUUAACGAAGAAUUUGAAGAACUAAAACCUCUCAUUCAAAGUCUUGAAGAAAGACAGGAAGAAGCCGAGAAAACUAUACCACAAGUUGAGGAACAAAUAAAUGAAGCUGAAAAACAAUUGUCUGCAUUCAAUUCAUCUGCUUCGAAUCCAGAUGAAGAUCUGAAGGCUCAACUUGAAGAGGAGCAAGCAAUAGCUGAAUCGCUUCUUCAAAACAAUGGAAGCCAAAUUACUGAUUAUGAAGCUGCUAAAAAGCAAAUGAUACUCUGGAAAAGUCUUUUGUCAAUGUUCGAGGCCAAGAUUGCUUCUACGAAUGAAGAUCAGCACUUGGGAAACGAGGACAGCUAG